AUGUCUCCUCCUCGAUCACCGUACAGAAUACUCGUCCUGGGCGGUUCGUAUGCUGGUUUGGCCGCCGCCGUUAAUUUGACGGAUCUGUGCGAGGGCAAGAAUUCACGGACGGGGAUCGAGUCGUCACGGCCUGGGUCCUCAAUGUCGGUUGAGAUUACGAUUGUGGACGAGAGGGAUGGAUUCUUUCACCUAAUAGGAGCGCCUCUUGCGCUAGCGGAAGAACAAUACGCCAAACGAGCGUGGAAGAAAUACGCCGAGAUUCCUGGCCUCCAGCAACCUUCGCUGAGAUUUAUUCACGGCUCCGUCUCCCGACUGGACUGCAAAAUCAAGAAGGCAACAAUUGUGCCCCAUGGCAGCGACACUUCGGUUGCACAAAGUUAUGACUACUUGAUUGCCGCGACGGGCCUGCGACGAGUGUGGCCUACGGUGCCGCAGGAACUCACCCGUGACCGAUAUCUUGUUGAGGCUGUAGGACACAUCAACCAAGUACGGAAUGCAGACAAAGGAGUCGUCGUGAUCGGUGGAGGUGCCGUGGGUGUGGAAAUGGCGGCUGAGAUCAAGAUGGUGGAGCCACACGUCAGGGUCAGCUUGAUUCACUCACGGAACACGCUGCUGUCGUCCGAACCUCUCCCCGACAAGUUUGGGCACAAGACCCUGGCGCUGCUGGAAGAAGUCGGCGUCGAGGUGAUGCUAGGCCAGCGUGUCGUGGACAUUUCACCGUCCCCUCAAGACCAAUCGACCAAGGUCCUACGGUUGUCAAAUGGUAUCGAACUGUUGGCGAGCCAUGUCAUCAACGCCGUGUCGCGGCCAGUUUCGACAUCGACAUAUAUUCCCUCCGAGGCUCUGGAUGCAGAUGGAUACGUUAAAGUCCUGCCGUCCAUGCAAUUCCCCGAAAUCACUCCCAAUGCCGCAUACCACUUUGCCGUCGGUGAUAUUGUCGCCUGGUCAGGCAUCAAGAGAGCGGGAGGAGCAUUCUACAUGGGUGGUAUCGCAGCCUCCAAUAUUCACCGGCACAUACUACAUUCUCAAGCUAUGAUCGAACAACCCAAGUACAUUGAGGCUCUUGUUUACCCUCCUAGUAUUGCAGUUGCGGUCGGCAGGAAGGCUGUUGGGUAUUCAGAACGCGAGGGUGUGACUGCUAGUGAAGCUUUGAUGGAGGUGAUGUUCGGAGAUGAUCUGGGCUUGUCGAUUUGUUGGCGGUACCUCGGGCUAGGCGUACCCUGGAAGCCGUUGUCAAGAAGACUGGGAAUGGGCCACAUUGAAUUAGUCUAG